AUGGGUUUUGGUCAUUCAAGAUCUGAAAGGUUUGAGGAUGAUCCUGAGCUAGCAAAAAUCCCCGCAACUAAUGGUGGAAAUGGGGUAAAGCUUAAAUACAACAUUGAUGGAACACAAAUAGCUGAGCCUAGUUCCAAAAUGGUUGAGAAGAAGAUGACAGGGAAGACGGGAAAGUUCUUGAAAGCUAGAGUAUUGUCAAGAGUAUUCUCAGAGGACUAUGACAAAGUAAAACGAAGAACAUUAGAUCCCCGGGGACAAAUCAUUCACCGGUGGAACAAGAUUUUCUUGGUAGCAUGUUUAGUAUCUUUGUUUGUGGACCCUCUCUUCUUUUAUUUGCCAGUAGUUAGAGAUGAAGCCUGCAUUGAUAUUGGAAUAACUCUUGAAGUUAUUCUCACAAUUGUUAGAUCAGGGGGGGAUGUCCUUUACAUGAUUCAGAUUUUGAUGAAGUUUCGUACAGCUUAUGUUGCUCCUUCUUCCCGGGUAUUUGGGAGAGGAGAACUUGUUCUAGGAUAUUCUAAGAUUGCAAUUAGAUACCUCCGCAAAGGUUUCUGGUUAGACUUUUUUGCUGCCUUGCCCCUUCCUCAGGUGUUAAUUUGGAUUGUUAUACCAACUCUUAGGGGUUCAACCAUGGCAAACACAAAAAAUGUCCUUCGCUUUUUCAUCAUUUUCCAAUAUCUUCCGAGGCUAUAUCUGAUUUUUCCACUUUCUUCACAAAUUGUAAAAGCUACAGGGGUUGUGACACAAACAGCAUGGGCAGGGGCUGCUUACAACCUGAUGCUUUACAUGUUGGCUAGCCAUAUUUUAGGAGCUUGCUGGUACCUUCUAGCAAUCGAACGUCAAGAAGCAUGCUGGAGAAGUGUCUGCGAUAUGGAUAAGUCAUCUUGUCAGUAUGGAUUCUUUGACUGUCACAGGGUUAAUGAAGCUCUUAGGGGCUCCUGGUUUAUAGCAAGUAAUGUCACAAAUUUAUGCUCACCAAAUGCUGACUUUUAUCAGUUUGGUAUAUACGCUGAUGCUGUGACUUUCCAAGUUACAUCCUCGCCAUUCUUUAAUAAGUACUUCUUUUGCCUGUGGUGGGGCCUAAGGAAUCUGAGUUCUUUGGGACAAGGCCUUCUUACUAGCACUUUUGUUGGAGAAGUCAUGGUCGCCAUUGUGGUUGCAACCCUUGGAUUGGUUCUUUUUGGGUUGCUCAUUGGUAAUAUGCAGACAUACCUCCAAUCAACAACAGCUCGCUUAGAAGAGUGGAGGGUGAAAAGAACUGAUACAGAACAAUGGAUGCAUCACAGGCAACUACCUCCAGAACUAAGACAAUCUGUGCGUAAAUAUGAUCAAUAUAAAUGGCUGGCUACACGUGGGGUAGAUGAAGAAGCUCUUCUCAAAGGACUUCCAGUGGAUCUUCGGAGAGACAUCAAGCGCCACCUUUGUCUUGAACUAGUUCGAGGAGUGCCAUUGUUUGAUCAAAUGGAUGAGAGGAUGCUAGUCGCAAUAUGUGAAAGGCUAAAGCCUGCGUUGUGCACUGAGGGCACUUAUCUUGUUCGUGAGGGUGAUCCUGUGAAUGAGAUGCUUUUCAUAAUUCGAGGCCAUCUUGAUUCUUACACCACCAAUGGAGGCCGAGUUGGAUUCUUCAACUCAUGCCAUGUUGGUGCAGGUGAUUUCUGUGGUGAGGAACUAUUAACAUGGGCAUUGGACCCACGAACAAGUGUAAUACUCCCUUCUUCAACUCGAACAGUUAAAGCCAUCUCAGAAGUAGAGGCCUUUGCACUCAUAGCCGAAGACUUAAAGUUUGUUGCAUCUCAAUUUAGAAGACUACACACUAAACAACUCAGACAUAGAUUCAGGUUUUACUCACACCAAUGGAGAACAUGGGCAGCUUGUUUCAUUCAAGCUGCAUGGAGAAGGCAUAAGAAAAGGAAGGAAGUUGCUGAACUGAAGGCCGAGGAGAAUCUCGCAGUUGCUGAAUCUGAAACAUCAACAUCAACAUCUUAUGCAACAAGGGUCGCGAGGAGCAUUAGGAAAGGUGUCAAUAAGCAUUCUGGAGUUGUCAGCAGCUCUUUGCAAAAGCCAGCAGAACCAGACUUUUCUGUAGAUGAAAAAUGA